CUUUUUCUUUUAGUUUAGUGUUAUUUUUCUAACCGUUAGUUUACUCGAUUAAUUUGCCUAUAAGUAAUAAGACUGCCUUUGUUAAUCUUGCUUCUUGUAUAGUCUCUCUUUAAACCUUUAUCCUUUUUCUGUGUUGUUGUGUGAGUUACGAAAUAUACUGUAUUACAUUAAAAUGGCAUUAAUUACAUCUUAAAAACUUACCACAAUUCAAAAACAAAAAUAAAAUUAUCUACUUCCGAAAAGAAUUCGUAAUUAAUUCAAGAUAAGCGUUAAAAUGACCUUUGCCAAUACAAUCGAACAAGCUUCCAGUGAAAUGAAAACGAAUGACAAAACACUAGUUGAACAGUGAACUCUAGACGUUCUAAUCAAUAGCGGUAACAUGCGGCACAUUGUUUUGCUACACUUCCUUAUUGUUUCAAUUCAUCUCAUUAACGCGUUCCGCGGAAACAAGAGAAAAGUUAUACAAUACAGCGACGGCAUAGAGUUCUCAUCAGUAUCGCGCAGCGCAUUACUUCAGAUAUUAAAAGCCUUCGAAAAUAAUAUAAAGAUGCGUUCAAUAAAAAACAAACUACCAGUCUUCACAGCUGAAUUCGUCAACAACAAAUACACAAAACCUUUCAUAUAUCCAAAUACGAAGAACCAGCGAAAAUUUCAAGAAAAUAAUCAAUAAUCAAUCAAUUAAUGUUCGGUUUUAACAUUAAAUAAAUAAUAAUUAAAAAUACAUUUUCUAUGUUAUAAAUAAGUCUUAGUUUUUAUGUGAAAGUAAGUGAAGAUCUUCAAAAGUGUUCAAUUCACAGUAAUCAAGACAACACAUUAAAAAUUAAAAGACUAAUUGAUAGUGACAUCGUCAUAUAUCAAUAGAAUGUCAAAAGAAGCUCCGUGUAGUUGUACAAAAUAACAAAACAUGAACCAUUGCUUGUCUGAAUAACCAUUUCAGAGAUGUCUGAUAGUGAAAAUAUUGUAACCAAUCACCCCGGAUUUUGGACAAAAACAUCAUUGAUUCAGUUAGGUUAUGGCGUGUGGGUGAAUCUGUCGUUUAUUGCAAUUGGAUUGGCUUUUGGAUUUUCUGCUGUCGCUGUGCCUCAGUUGCUUCGUCCAGAAUCUCGCAUAAAAGUCUCUGUAGCUGAUGCGUCUUGGAUAGCCAGCGUGCUAACAUUGAUUUCGCCGAUUGGCUGCGUUUUUUCCGGCUAUUUGAUGGAUAAGUUGGGCCGUCGAAUAAUGCUGUCCUUCAGUCAACUGCCCGUUUGUCUCGGUUGGUUAUAUACUGGAUAUUCGGGUUCAGCGAGAGAUAUCAUCAUUGGUAAUAUUCCGCUGUUCCUGAAGUCUAUAUUAGAUGAUUUUUAUUUUGGAAGCUUUGACAUAUAUAGGCAGAAUAUUAACUGGCUUUGGGAUCGGUAUGGUAACCAGUGCUCCCAGGGUUUUCAUGACCGAAAUAUCUCUACCAAAUAUGCGUGGUGUGGUCGCAACAUUUCCGAACAUUGCGAUAUCUAUUGGGAUAACUGUACAGGCAGGUUUGGGAGCCAGAUAUAACUGGACUACGUUGUGUUUCAUCAGUAGUGCGUACGCAUUAUUUUUGUUUUUCUUUAAUUUCGGUCUCCCGGAGACUCCGUAUUUUCUAUUGCAAAGAGAGUGUACUGAUGACGCGAGAGAUUCACUCAAGAAAUUUAGAUCGAAAAGCCAUGACAUCGAGAAAGAAAUGGUUUAUCUUAUAGAAUAUAAGAGACAGAAUGAUCUUCACAGAUUGUCUUUCAAAGAGCAAAUGUUGAUAGUGUUUAUGAAGUCAACAUGCAAAUCAUUUUGGAUGAUAUUGAUUUAUUUAGUUAUCACACAAUGUUCUGGAGUCACGAUUAUAGCUAUGUGGACGGUGGAUAUAAUACGGAAAUCAAAUUCGUCCAUCGAUGCUAAUUCUGGUAACGUUGUACUCGGAAUUACUAGGUUAAUAGGAGGGGUGGUUACAGCAGUGCUUAUAUUCAGAAUUAGAAGACGACCAAUGGCCCUGGUAUCGGGUGCAGGCGUCGGUGUAAUGUGUUUAGCUGUGACAUUGCUAAUAAAUAAUUUAAAGGCACCGACACCGCUUCCACUGCUGUGUUACGCGGGUUACAUUCUGUUUGCGACUCUCGGACAUUACAAUUUGCCGAUUUUAAUUAUGUACGAAUUAUAUCCUCUGCAGGUGAGAGGACUGAUGGGAGGAAUUUCUCUAUGCUGUCUAAAUAUUUUCAUUUUCUUCGCUAUCAAAUCGUACCCUUACUUAAGAGAUGACAUCGGCUUCGCUAACACAAUACUCGCUUUUGGUAUAUGUUCGUUAAUUGGUGAGUUUAUUAAAUGAAUAGAAAAUUCAUUAAUAAUAUAUUAAUAAUUUAAAUGAAUUACAUAUUUAGGUUGUGUAUUUAUUUACUUCUUCGUGCCAGAAACUAAAGGGCUGACACUUGAUCAAACCGAGUCCUAUUACAGGAAUAAAGGAUGAACUACUAUGAUUCGUUGUUUUCAG